AUGUCGAGCGGUGAUCUGUCAGGCGAUCGAUCGAUGGGCCCUCCGCCAUCGCAAUCAGACUUUGAUGGUGCUGAGAUGAUGCACGGUGGUGUACAAAUUGCGGACCCAAAGAAGAGGAAGAGGGUGUUCAGCAACCGAACCAAGACCGGAUGCCAGACAUGUCGUAGAAGGAAAAAGAAAUGUGACGAACAGAAACCAACAUGCAAUAAUUGUUAUCGCGGUGGAUUCAGGUGCGAGGGCUAUAAUCUAAAAUCUACAUGGACCAAACCAGGCAUGCACAAAGGACCGAUCCCACUUCAAGCUAAAGACGGGUUCGCGGACCAACCGCCGGUAUACCAGAACGUGCGACAGGCGCCUGAACAAUACAGCGACUACGGAACCGUACAAGUUGCCGACGGCAGCCAUAGCAGGCCUGUUCGCCACGAGGACGCGGAGCCUCAGUACUCGAAGCGCAAAAGCCACUGGGGCGAGCCAUCGAAUUCACCUUGGGGAGAGCUGCCUCAACGGCCCUACGUCUCCGAUCGCGCUGCUGUAAACGACCCAUAUCUGAAGCGACCGCCAGAAAAAACAAAAACACAUGCACAGGACUACGCGGAGCAGCCUGCGACCACCCCGCACCAUCCACGCUCUCUGACGUCGCACACGCAGUCCAUGCCAGGAAGCAGCAAUCGCAGCUUUACAGACGUAGACACAGACCGCAACCGCUCCAGCAGCAUCAACAGCUCCCUAUCAGCAGCGACCGCCCAACUCGCCCUCCAGCAACAAUACCCCAAGCCCCCUAUGGCGCCCCUACCGCCUCAGCAGCAGCAGCAGCAGCAGCAGCAGCAGCAGCAGCAGCAACAGCAGCAACAGCAGCCGCCACCACCGCCACCACCACCCGUCCGCACCGAGAAAGAAAAGAUGCUCAACGAAGAGUACUAUCUCCCCUUCAGCCCCCAACUCGUCGACGAACGCGAGCAAUGCAAAGCAGCCCUGUGGCGCUUCAACAACGCGACCAACCCCGCCGUCGGCGUGAGCCGCGCAGAGCGCACCCGCCUCUUCCGCGCCGUCCUUGAGCCAGCCCAUACACCUGCCUCGCGCGCCUCAUCCGCCAAUCCGAUCGGUCGCCUUGGCAACGACGUCGAGAUCGAGGCGCCUUUCAUGUGCGAUUAUGGGUACAACAUCAACAUCGGGGAUGAGGUGGUCAUUGGGCACGGCUGCACCAUUCUGGAUCCGUGCGAGGUGUUUAUUGGGCCAAGGACUGUGCUGGGACCCAAUGUGAAUAUUUAUGGGAACACGUUGAGUACCGAACCGAGGUGUAGGAAUGGGAGCGUGGGACCGGCGAUUGGGCAGAAGGUUUUCAUUGAUGAAGAUGUUUUUGUGGGAGGUGGGGUGACGAUUCUGCCGGGGUUGAAAGUAGGCAAGGGGAGUACGAUUGGGGCGGGGAGUGUGGUUACGAGGGACGUCCCCCCUUUUACGGUGGUAGCGGGGAAUCCGACGAGGGUCAAGCGCGGCAUUUACCGUGAUCGCCCGAAUUGA